UUUUGGACACAGCCCUGAGAGAGAGUUCGGAGUCUCGCUCGCUAGCAUCAUGAAGGCGGCUUGGGGAGCCCCGUUUAACGACCUGCGCUAUUUUUACUGUAUGUAAAGUAUACAGAUUUUACAGCAGUUUAUGAAACUGGACGCGGUGUUUAACUAAACAUUUCGCCCUGCAGAAUGUCCAAGAUCAGGCGGAAGGUGACAGUGGAAAACUCGAAGACUAUAUCAGAGAGCAGCAGCAGUACGACCACUCCAUCCCGCAGGCCCAGCGUCUUCGAGAGACUCGGACCCAGCACGGGCAGUAAUGCCACAGAGACCCAGUGUAGAAAUUGGUUGAAGACAGGAAAUUGCAGUUACGGCAACACUUGUCGCUAUACGCAUGGAACUCCAGCAAGAGGCAAGAAUUUUUCUGGAGCAUUCAGCAGGUCAUCCGAGAGGCCCACUGGUGAUCUCCGGGAGAGGAUGAAAAAUAAGAGACAGGAUGUAGAUGCAGAUUCUCAGAAAAGAGACCAAGACGAACCUACUUCACCCACGACUAGACAGAGAGACUCAUCCCGAAGCAGACACAGAGAGAAAGAAGAUAUAAAGAUCACCAAAGAACGAACACCAGCCAGCGAGGAGGAAGCAGCAGAGUGGGAAGCCAAUCGUGAAGACUCUGAUAACGGUGACUACGAUUACGAAUUAUCCCUGGAAAUGAAGAGACAGAAGAUCCAGAACGAGCUAAUGAAGCUCGAGCAGGAGAACUUGGACAAACGUGAAGAUCUCCUCAUUAAGAAGGAGGAAUCGGCGACCAAGGCCAGGACCAGCAGCACUUCUAGAGAUAAGGGGUCUCCUGAUCACUCCAGCUCCAAGAAUUCCCCCCUGUCCCGCAAGUCCAGCGGCUCACCGAAACGAAAACCUAGUGGUUCUCCAAAACGAAAAUCCAUUGGGAAAGGCAGCAGCUCUGGCAAGAAGGAGAAGAAAUCUUCCUCCUCAGUCAUCUCCUCCCCAGUGGCGGAGCAGAACAGAGCAGAGGAGGCUGAGAGCAGAUCGUCUAAGAGUGGACACAGCAAGAAGAAAGGCCCACGCACGCCAAGCCCCCCUCCCCCCGUACCCUUGGAUCUGCCCGUAGGGGGGAAAAAGCACAAGGGUAAACACAAGAAUAAAGAGAAGAGUGAAGAUAAGCAGAAAGAGGCCAAGGAAAGGGGCAGGGACAGCGAUAAGCACAAGGAGAAGAAAGAGAAGCGCAGGGACCGCUCAGACAGUUCCCACAAGGCGAAGCGAUCAAUGACGUCAGAGGAACGUUCUGGAAGUGUGUCGUCUCCCGGGAGAGAGGUGUCACCUCAGACUAGGAGGAAGUCCUCAUCCCCCAAGGCAGCCACCCAAAAACAAAGCUCACCACAGAGGUCUCGUACCCCACCACGUCACCUCCGGAGCCCCUCUCCUACGUCCCGCACACAUCACUCCCCCUCAUCUCACUCGGGGUCUUCCCACCAACGAAACUCUCCAUCUCCUCGGCGUCGCCGUGGUUCUACCUCCCCGUCCUACCAGCGGGACCUGCUCCCCCCCUUGGCUUCUUCGCCCACAACUGCACAGGCCUCACGUCGUUCCCGUUCACCCCCCACGCCGCAGAGGUCAAGCCCUGCCUCCCGCAACCACUCGCAGGGCCGCGAUCGGGAAAAAGAAAGAGGACGGGGAGAGAGGGAGAGGAGCCUCACCCACGACAGGCGUCAUGAACGCAGAGAUGAGAGCCGCGGGAAGAGGGAGAAAGACAGCGGUCGGGAUGAUCGCAGCUAUGAGGCUGAUCAGAGCUCCUCGCGGGAUGAACGCGAAAGCCGUGAUCGAGACCGGCGCUUCGAUCGAGACCGCCGAGACACUCGUGAUGAUCGCCAACACCGCAGCAGUGAUGCAAAGGACGUGCGGGACACCAGAGAACGUUCCGGCCGGGAGUCAGUGGAGCACAGGGAGCGAGAACGGGACAGGGAGAGAGAUCGUGAAAGAGAUCGGGACCGAGAGAGGGAAAGAAACGAUGUACACAGAAAAGAUGAUUCAUCAGCGCAGGACGAGAGAGGUUACGGAAGGGGACAUGGAAGAGAAGAGGGGCGGAGCGAGAGCAGGAACGAAUCACGUACAGAGAGAAUGGGAAGAGGAAGGGGACGUGCAUUGGACAAUGCUGAGAAAGGAUCAGCUCGAGGGUCUCGUACGACACAGGCAGACAGCGGGGGCCACGAUGGAUGGGAGUCUCGUGGCAGUGGCCUAAGAGAAAGGAGCUCUGAGAGGAACACAGAGAGGGGGACAGACCGUGAUCGCUAUGAUGGUGACCGGCAGCGUGGAGAGCAGGCCCGAGAUUCCUCUUACGACCGCCGUGGCAGUCAGGCAGACAGAGAUCGACGGGACCACAGGGACAGAGCAGAGCAGAGGGCGUCCUCACCCGGUCGACACCAUAGCCGAAGUGAGGACACAGAACGUGAGGAGAGGAGAGACGAGAGGAGGAACGACAGAGGCGACGACAGACGUGAGGACAGGGGUCGUGAGCGAGAAGGCCGUGAACGAGAGAGAGAAAGGGACAGGGAGAGGGAAAGGGAGAAAGAGAGGGAGAGAGAGGCCGAGCGGGAAAGGGUCAGGGAGCGAGAACGUGAGCGGGAAAGGGAGAGGGAGGAAAGAGAGAGGGAGCGAGAGAGAGAACGGGAGAGGGAGGAGCGUGAGAGGGAGCGAGAACGAGAGGAGCGGGAGAGGGAGCGAGAACGGGAGAGAGAGGAGAGGGAACGGGAGAGGAAGGAGAGGGAACGUGAGAGGGAGCUCCGAGAGAGGGAGAGGCAGAGAGAAUGGGAGGAGAGGGAGAAAGGCAGGGAGGAGAGGCGGGAGAGAAGAGAGGAUGUGCGAGAAGAUCGCCCGGCCAGAGAUUCUCAUGAAGAGCGAAAGAACAGUGGGCGCAAGAGGCACCGUGUUGAGAACACUCCCAGCCCUCGGCCCUCUCCUAAAAAAGUGCGGGAAGGUAGCCCUGCAGACAGCGAUGGCUACAAUAGUACAGAGGAGAAAGGUGAUAAACACAAACUCCUGAGUCAGGUUGUCCGUCCCAAGGAGCCAAGCCGCUCCCCUCCCCGCGUCUGCACCGAGGACACGAAGCCCAUUCGCUGGAGGGACAAUGAACGUCGCAGUGACAAGAAGGAUGGGCGGGGUCGGCAUGAAGAAGCAGAGCCUCGGAGCGAGGGAGCUGCAGGUAGAGGGAUGGAGCGACGUGGGGAUCAUUCAUCAGAGAGUUCUCUGAGUACACAAGCAUCCGAGUCUCGAAGGGGUAAAGAGCAGAGAGACGCCAUUACGCCACCUGUCGCCUCUGCUGGUGUCCCUGACGGACGAGAUUCUGCGUCGUCCAUCCAUGAGGAAGGCAAGAAGAAAACAAAGUCUCAGAAAAAGAACCUGAAGAAAAACAGGAAAGAGGACGAGAACACUAGUGCUGGUGGUGACCGUUUUAACCCUGAGCCCCCACCACCACCACCUUCUUCAGUACCCUCUGAAGCUCCACGUCUAAUUCUCUCACCCCCUAAGAUGGCCAAAAAGAAAGUAUUGGAUCGGAGGCGGAAACGCUCCCGGGGCGCCGAGUCCGACCAGUCUGAAGAUGAGCAACCCAUUAGCAAGAGACGCCGUGGACCUCAGACACCUCCACCGAUCAACAAAGAAGACUUGCCUUCUCAGCGUGCGCUGCUAUCAGGCCAUACUAUAGUGGCACCGACACGUGAAGACACUAACUUUAGUGACUGGUCUGAUGAGGAGGUCCCUGAACGCAACGAAGCUUCAUCCGAGCGAGCUCCAGAGCCGCUGCAGCCCCGCAGAAACCCACCCUUAGCCCCGCUGCUCCCAGACCCACCCAUGGGCAUCCAUGUACUCCCACUGCAGCCACUGCUCCCGCUGCACAUGUUGCGCAAAACGCAGUCGGCCGACCAAAGCCAGCAACGCAGUAGCAGCAUGGGUAGCAAUCCAAGCCGGGCAGGAUCGCGCCGGCUCCGGUCACCCUCCAAUGACUCAGCUCAGCGCACCGAAGACACUCAGCAGGGGUCAAGAGUACGCAGAGCACGUGGACAGGGUGCCAAUUCCCGGGACCGUGACAGAGAGAGGGACAGGGAGAGAGAACGGGAACGAGAAAGAGAGAGAGCGGUAGCCGCUGAACCGAUCGGAGGAAGGGAGGAAAGGAAGUCGAGGAUCGACCAAUUAAGGAGAGGAGAGCCGAGUCGCAGUACUUCAUCAGACCGGCAGGACUCUCGUAGUCACAGUUCUCGUCGCAGUUCUCCAGAGUCAGAGCGGCAGGCGCGCUCUCGUGCUGGUUCACAUGACAGCCGUGAGCGUGACCAGUUUGAGCGUGACCGGAAGGAGUACCGGCAACCGCAGAACCAGCCGUUAUCACAGCAGCGUGAUUGGGAACCAGAACCCCGUGAAUGGGGUGUUCGAGGUCGUGAACCGCUUCUUCUCCGGCCUAACAGGGAUCCCAUUAGGGAGCGGGACUUGCGUGAGAUGCGUGAGAGGGAGAGACUGCUGCCUGAAGGACUGCUAUCACACGAGCGCCUUGAACGUGAUCGUGGUGAUAGGGAGCGAGACCGGGACAGAGACAAGGUAGAACGAGAGCGCAUGCUGCCCUUUGACCCCUCGCCAGUGGGGGAACUCAAGAGCCGAGCCGAGUUGCGGAUGGAUCGAGGAGAUUACGAGCCCCUGCUGCCUAGAGAAGCCCUAGUGGACAUGGACAAACCCAGUACUACAGAUGAGCCACAUGUACAGAUAGAACGCUGCGAGACAGAGAAGAUAGACAGCCUUGACGAGGAUGAAGGGAAGGGUGAGGAUGCUCAGUCGGCAGUGUCUGGUGGGGAGGAAUAUGAGCCUAUCAGCGAUGAUGAGCUGGAUGAGAUUUUGGCAGACAGCCAGAAAAGAGAUGAUCAACAGGAUGAAGAAAAAAUCCCAGGACCAUUGGAUGUGAUUGACGUAGACUGGUCCAGCCUGAUGCCCAAGCAGAAACAGGAAACCCGGGCUCCUGGGGCUGCACUGCUUAGAUUCACACCCGGAGCCAUGCUGCUGCGCUCGGGCGUCUCUCGACGUCUGGCUGGUCCGCAGCUCCUUGCACGUGUGAAAGACGUCUGUGCUAAAGAGCUAGAGGAUUCUAAAGAUACAGAGAAGCUGUUCGAGCAUGACCUUGGUGCCCUGAACAUGGCCACCUUCAACAGGAGGACAGAGAGAACAAACCUGCUGAGAAACCUGGGGCCAUGUGGCAAGGCUCUCUGUGCACGUCGAGACCUAGCCAUCCGUAGGCAACUCCUCAAAAACGAUAAGGGGACGACUAAGCAAAUCUACACCAGUGCUCCUGUGGUGGACCAGGAACUGCUGCAGCUCAGCAUACGUCUCUUCAAGAAGAAAACGGCCACCGGGCAGAAAACCGACCCGGUGCCCACGGCUAACACCCCAGCUGAGGUGUGUGUGUCUUGAAACACCCCUGUAAGUUCAGUGCAUGGAUACCGAUCACCCGGACUUUACAGUAUUGUGCUGUGAAACACUGAAACUGUUUAUGAGGUACCGGAGAUGCAGGACUGAGAGAUAAGGAUCAUAGAGACUGGAGAUACGCUAGCCUAUGAAGAUACUGUAUAAAUUACUACAGCCAAUGAACUUUCUAUUCUGUGUGGCAGAAAGCUGUUGAUGAGAACUGGCUCAUUUCAUUUAGUUUUAGAGAAACUGUUUUUGUUUUGUUUUUUGUAAUGUCAGUUUAUUUGAUGUACUACAUAUUAGAGUCGUGCAUUAAAAUGGUCUUUGUCAUUU